AUGUCUGGAAACCGAGCUGCUUUCCUAGUCGAGCCAAAAGGUUGUUUUGAGGUGCGAGAUGCGCCUAUGGAACAACCUGGCCCAGGGGAGGUCCUCAUCAAAGUUCAUGCCGUAGCUCUACAGCCUGCAGACGAAAAGGUGGCAAAGUUGGCCAUCAUUCUAGUGGAAUAUCCUGCGGUGCUGGGUGGCCCCGUUGGUGGGAUUGUACACGCCCUCGGAGAAGGCGUCACCAGGGUAGCAGUCGGCGACCGCGUCAGCUGCGGUACUUUGAUCUUCAAGAAGCACAAGCCCAAAUAUGGUGGAACGCAGAGAUAUACCCUGGUAUCAGAACAAGAGGUCAUUGAGAUCGGAGAUACCGACUUCACGAAAGUCGUCACACUUGGUUCUUACACGCCACCAAGCUGCCUAUUCGCCUCCAAUUGCCUCAACAUGCACUGGCCGUCAUUACCGCCCAAGCCCCUCCCGGCCGGAGAGCAAGGAAAGAAAAUUCUCAUCUGGGGAGGAUCAUCCGCAAUGGGUUCACUUUCCAUCUCAUAUGCGAAACAAGCUGGUUACACGGUCAUUAGCACCAGCUCACCACACAAUUUCGACCUGUUGGAGUCUCUUGGGGCCGACUAUAUCUUUGAUCACAGCGACCUCGCGACUGUGGAAAGGAUUAGGGAUCUCUUCCCCAUCGAUUACUGGUUCGAUACAAUUUCUCUGAAACCAAGUGUAACCACGAUUCUGAAGAUCCUGGCACCGGAAGGCAAGCCGGCUAAUAAGGCUUAUAUCCACAUGCUACUACCACUGGCCAUGGCUGGAAACCCGACCUUACCGGAAGGCGUCACUACAGGGAUGCACUUCUUCAGCACUCAAGCGCCCGAGAACGCAGACUGGGCGAAGUUUUUCUUGUCUCGUGGAGGCUACAUGGAGAAGGGCAUCAAGAGUGGGUUAAUCCAGGGCGUGCCACCACAUUUGUUGGGCGGCCUGGAAAAGGUGUCUGAUGGCAUCGAGGAAGUGCAUAAGGGAGUGAGCGGCAAGAAGGUGGUCAUUGAUCCUUGGGCCUGA